AUGUAUCCGACCGUCGCACCUUUUCCUCUGGUCCAACCACACCAUCGCAUGCCCUACGACUCCCACCAAAUCUACGAUGCGAACGAAUCCGAACCUUUCUUGAAUCCGAUCUCUCGAUCCCGUAUUCAACUACCUCACCCCGUUCAACGACUUGAUCACCGCGAUGGGUCCGGUUCCAGCUCUAGCGCGAACGUGGAACAUACCUUGAGAAGGAAAACUCCCAGCGGAACCCUGGCUGCGGGGUACGAUGGAACACCUGUUGAUACCAAUCAACCUCCACCAAAACACAUCUUGGUCUCGCCGGAGUCCGGCCAAUUCUUUUCUCAUCCAGGCAUGCAGGAGAACUGGCAGAUCCUGGACCAGACCGCCUUGAAACAGGUGAAUUUUCCACCCGUUUUCAAAAAUGAUCCGGCCGGCAAUGCGAUUCCCAGUGAGGUGGUUCAAGAUGCGAAUGGGACAAGUUGGGUUCGUCCAGUCAACUAUCCUCCGGGAGUUGACUCGAUGUUGAACCAAAGCUUGCCCCUACAAGCAUCCCAGCGCAUCUUGCUACAAAAUGGGGCCUAUGUCCCAACCGUCCUACCUGCCACUCUGCAGUCAUGUCUAGGACCGACGGCUUCAGCUGGCACUGGACCCUUUGGCCCCUACUGGCCGAAUGGUGUAUAUAUCCCAUAUCGUCCAGCUGCAUUUCGCGACGCGCGAUUCGAAUCUCCGACGCCCUUCACGAAACAGCUAAACACCGGCCAGCCAUUCUAUGAUCUGAACCAGCCUGUUUUCAACCAGGCUCAACCUCCAAUUGAUAUGCACACAGACGGGUUUCCAUGGGGCCACUCCAUGCCCAAUUUAGCUCCUGAUCCUCUGUUGAAGCCACACUUCCCACCGCGUCACUCCGAGCAAUUACCUUUUCACGUCCGUGCCAACCGCCCUAUACAAACCUUCCCCCCUCAGCCAUUCAAUAACGAGCCCGCCUGGUCCAAUCGCCCGCCAGCACAUGGAUUUCAACCGUUACCCACAGUCGUCGCGAACGCGGAGUUCAAGGAGAAAGCCCUGUCAUGGGCUCACGGUGUUUAUGUUGAUCUCCUUGCAACUAUCCACCAAGCUCGCCGCAAUAGCAUCUCUAAUGGCGUUGCGGAUAACCGCUCCCGCCCCAUAAUUCCCGCCAUAUAUCCCAAGCCGCCACGCCAACCGGGUCUCGACUUUUCACAAGCCCAUCCCCCCGACCUAACCCGUCAUAAUAGUUAUCCAUCUAGUCAGUAUGAUACGCAACGACAGAACCUCAAUGCCUUGGGCAAUCAGAAGGCCAUUGACUCUACACAUCCCGCGCCUCUUCGCGUGCAUGCUCGACGUCCGUCUUUGAACCAGUUUGCCCAAAACAGAUCUGAUACCCACAUGAUCGGAAUGCGAGAGACAGGUCUUCCCGGCGUAUCGCCUUUCACAAGGGCCCGUGGAUCUCUCUUUAAUGAAGGCACUCCCGCGGCAAAUGCUGCUACCGCAUUAGACAUGCUGUCCCAUCUGUGCAACGAGAGUCAUUGGGAAUGGAUCGAUGGAAUGCUCCUUGGAGGCUGCCUGGCCUAUGGAUUGGGUGAUUACCACAAAGCCACGCGAUGGUACUCUAGAAUCAUCGCCCGUGACGCCACACACGUGGAAGCUAUAUCAAAUCUCGCCGCCACUCUAUUGGCGCUUGAUCGACGAGAAGAGGCACUACAGAAUUGGCUGCGAGCAGUGAAGUUGCGCCCGAGUUUCUUCGAAGCUGUCGAGCAUCUGAUCGGGUUGCUGUGCAAUAGUCACCGCGGCAAAGAGGCCGUCAAUAUUAUCGAGUUUGUUCAGAACUCCCUGCGUCACCCUAAGGAUGGCGAUUGCUUCAAGACAGAUGAACACGCCAGCGAGCCCGAAAGCGAUGCCGAAAGCAACCACUCCGAUGUGAACAUGUACGACAAGGCGUCUUUCGAGUACGAUGAUGACAUUGGUAGAACUCAAGUGGAACCCGGGUCCCCAGAGGCUAAGCCACCUGGUUUUGCGACCAGCGGAUAUGCAAUCUCAGGUGCAGAAAACGGCAGAAUGCUGGCAUUGGUUCAUGCCAAAGGAAACAUGCUCUAUGCUCUUGGGGAUAAUGUGGGUGCAGCAGCUGCCUUUGAAGACGCGGUUCUCAUCGCAGCUGGUCGAAGGCGCCAUGGCAUUCAAAGCAUCAUUAAGCAGAUCUUUGCUGCCUUCUCUGGGCCAACUAAUGGCAUUCCCCAGUCUGAGCAUGAAUCAAAGGAAAGUAUUCUGCUGUACCCAGACAGAGCAUUGAAGACCGCCAAGCUUGUUUUCCCUGGUAGCGGCAUGCCACCAGGUCUUCAGUUUGUUGCCGAGGGUAUGGCUCGCAACGCGGCGACUUCCACAACUAGCAAUUCUCUCCUUUCCUUGGCCAAAAUUUACCAGGAUGGCAUGUCCAAUGUCUCUUCCUCGGGUGCACCGAGAUCAUCACCUGGCGUUCGGGAUAUCCUGGCCCUUUACUAUCUUUCUCUCUCCCUCCAACCCAGCCCAUCUACCGCUAACAAUGUUGGUAUAUUAUUGGCUGGGAUUCAAAACAACCCGCCAGCUCGAGGCCUCAUUCGUCCGAAAGGUGAGGUCCAACAUCCCGAGAUCCCAGGCGUGUUGCCUGGAAGUGGAAUCUCGUUGGCAUUGGCAUACUACAACUAUGGCUUGCAUCUGGACUCGCGCCAUGCCCAUCUGUAUACCAACCUCGGCAGCUUGCUCAAGGACAUCGGCCAGCUCCAUGCUGCCAUUAAGAUGUACGAGCAAGCAGUGCAGUGUGACGGCAACUUCGACAUCGCUCUAGCGAACCUGGCCAACGCUGUCAAGGAUGCAGGCAAGGUGAACGACGCAAUCACCUACUACAGGCGUGCCGUCAAGGUGAAUCCCGAAUUCGCCGAAGCAGUCUGCGGCCUAGCCAAUGCCUUGAACUCCGUCUGCAACUGGGUUGGCCGUGGUGGGAUAGCCCACGCCCGUGGAUUCCGCGACCGAUGGCACGUCGACGAAAAAGGCAUGCUUCGCGACUCUGUCAGCAUUGAUACAGGAUCUGGAUGGAUCAAGCGGGUCGUUGAAAUCGUCGACCGACAACUCAAAGAGGGCGAGUAUUGGGGCCGCGGCAUGUUGACAUCCAGCACGGCCGAGCAGCUGUGUCUGCAACUCGCUCCGGCCUUGGAGUCUACCCGGUUCUCAUCUUCACAUCGGAUGUCUCUGGCCAAACUCUUCCAGUCCUGGGCUGGGCAGAAAUGGGAAGGAUCUCGUAUCGUGCGCCUUAUCGAGCGUGCUAUCAGGUCGCUUACCUGGCAAUGGUAUCAGGAUCGUUAUGUCCAUGGCAAAGACUUUCCUGCUUCUAAAUAUCGUAGGCCGCAACUGCCCGGAGCGCUUUCUGCGCCGAAUGCCCCCACAGUCCUACCCUUCCAUACCUUCACUUGUCCUUUGUCGGCGAAGCAAAUCCGCCAGAUCUCCCAACGCAAUGGUUUACGGAUUUCGACUUCGACUUUGCGACUCCCUUGGCUUCCACCAACUGUGUUCCCGCCACCGGCUCCGCCUGCUCCGUAUCUUCGAGUAGGAUAUGUCUCGUCGGACUUCAACAACCACCCCCUUGCGCAUCUGAUGCAAUCAGUUUUCGGAUUGCACGACCCCUCCCGAGUUAAGUCAUAUUGCUACGCCACGACAGUAAGUGACAAGUCAGUGCAUCGCCAGCAGAUCGAAAAAGAGGCGCCCGUGUUCUACGACGCCAGUGGGUGGCCCGUCGAGCGACUAGUCCAGCAGAUUGUCGACGACGGCAUCCACAUCCUCGUCAAUUUAAACGGUUACACUAGAGGAGCUCGCAACGAGGUCUUCGCUGCACGCCCGGCACCCAUUCACAUGUCCUUCAUGGGCUUCGCCGGUACCCUUGGUGCUGAGUGGUGCGACUACAUCCUUGCCGACCAGCUGUCGAUACCGCCGGAGACACUCAGUCCGGGAAGACGUACCACACGCAUCGAGGAUCGGCUGCUGGAAGAAGACAAUGGAGAAGAGCUUGAAGAUUGGGUUUACGGGGAAAAGAUUGUUUUCACCCGUGAUACCUUCUUCUGCUGUGAUCACCGACAGAGCGCGCCCGACGCAGGCGAGAAGCACGUAACAUGGGAAGAAGAGCAAUCGCGGCGCUGGAGAAUGCGUAAAGAACUAUUUCCCAAACUAAGCGACGACACCAUCAUCUUGGGUAAUUUCAAUCAGCUGUACAAGAUUGAACCCACAACAUUCCGCACCUGGCUUCGAAUCCUAGCGCGAAUCCCCAACGCAAUCCUCUGGCUCCUCCGCUUCCCAGACCUAGGCGAGCAAAACCUACGCGACACAGCCAAAGCCUGGGCGGGCGAAGAAACCGCCUCCCGAAUAAUCUUCACUGACGUCGCCCCAAAAAACACGCACAUCGCGCGCGCCAAAAUCCUAGAUUUAUUCCUCGACACCCCCGAAUGCAACGCACACACAACAGCAACAGACGUCCUCUGGAGCGGGACGCCUCUCCUCACGCUCCCGCGCUACAAAUACAAAAUGUGUUCCCGGAUGGCAAGCAGCAUCCUCAGCAGCGCACUGCCAAAGACCGAGGCUGGCCAGCGCGCCCGCGAAGACCUUAUCGCUUCCUCGGACGAAGACUACGAGGCGAAAGCCAUCCGGCUCUGCCUUGACCUACAGCAUUCAUCUAGCGGACAUGGCCGCGGGCGAUUAUUUAGUAUUCGGGAGAUGUUGUUCCGCGACAGAUACCGCAAUAAGCUGUUUGACACGGGGCGGUGGGUGCGGGAUCUUGAAAAUGCCUAUGAGGCUGUUUGGGCGCAGUGGGUUGGUGGCGAAGAAGGCGAUAUCUGGUUAUGA